CGCUGGAGGCGGCAGCUACAGCGGAGACCUGGGUUUUCUCGUUUCCCCCCUCUCCUCCUUUUUUUUUUUUUCCUCCUUCCUUCCCCUCCUUCCUCCCCCUCUUCCCUCCCCUUCCCCUGCGCUGCGAGAGCCAGCGAAAACUCCCGUGCAAAGCCCAGCCACCACCGCCAAAUAGCCAGUGCGCUCCCCCGGCCGCCUGCUCGGACUGGAAAGUUGCGGCAGACUCCGGUGCUCUGCUACCGCGGGGAGAAGGCUCAGGACUUACAAACCCAGCCAGAGGCACAGGCUAAACGUUUUGCACCGUUCUUCUUCUUCCGGCACCGACCCGAAGGCUGCAUCUUUGUUUUGUUUUGCUUUUUCCCUCCUGCUACUGCUCCUUUCUCCUUGCAACGGGGUGUCUAAGUGCUAGGAGCUGCUGCAGCCUGCGGUGCGUUGCAAACGCUGAUACAAGACAGGAGACAUCCAGGCGGCCCCGGGUGGCGGUUCGUCCUUGGCUUUGUUGCUCCGGACUGAAGAAGCCCGAGAAGCCGGGAGAAGGAGGCGGCCGAGGAGGAGGAGGCGGUGGAGGGGGAGCAGAGGAAAGGAAGCGAGAAAGCAAAGCCAAAGUUUAUUUGGAAUAAGGGAGCGCGGCCAGCCCUCUUCCAGGCUGCGCGCUGGAGUGAGGUCUCCAGCCCCUGCGCCGGGAGAGGUGCCGCAAGACCGCAAUGGCCGGAGAGCUCAGCAUCGGAGCCGAGCUGCCCACUAGUCCCCUGGCCAUGGAGUAUGUCAACGACUUCGACCUGAUGAAGUUCGACGUGAAGAAAGAGCCCCUGGGCAGGAACGACCGCUCCGGCAGGCACUGCACUCGCCUGCAGCCUGCCGGCUCCGUCUCCUCCACCCCCAUCAGCACCCCCUGCAGCUCCGUGCCCUCAUCGCCCAGCUUCAGCCCCACUGAGCAGAAGACCCACUUGGAGGACCUGUACUGGAUGGCCAACAGCUACCAGCAGAUGAACCCCGAGGCGCUGAACCUCACCCCGGAGGACGCCGUCGAAGCCCUCAUUGGGUCCCACCAGGUGUCCCAGCAGCUGCAAGGCUUUGAGAGCUUCCGGGCCCACCAUCACCACCACCAUCAUCAUCACCAGCACCACCACCAGUACCCCGCAGUCACCCACGAAGACCUGGCCGGCAGCGGGCACCCCCACCACCACCAUCACCAUCACCACCAGGCCUCUCCCACCCCCUCCACCUCCUCCAGCUCCUCCCAGCAGCUCCAGAACUCGCACCAGCAGCAUCCCCCCUCUAGCAGCGUGGAGGACCGGUUCUCGGAUGACCAGCUGGUCUCCAUGUCCGUGAGGGAGCUCAACAGGCACCUCCGAGGCUUCACCAAAGACGAGGUGAUCCGCCUCAAGCAGAAGAGGAGGACCUUGAAGAACAGGGGCUAUGCCCAGUCCUGCAGGUAUAAACGUGUCCAGCAGAAACAUCACCUGGAGAACGAAAAAACCCAGCUAAUUCAGCAGGUGGAACAGCUCAAGCAAGAAGUGACCCGGCUUGCCAGAGAGAGAGACGCCUACAAGCUCAAGUGUGAGAAACUUGCCAGCAAUGGCUUCAGAGAGGCCGGCUCCACCAGUGACAACCCGUCUUCCCCCGAGUUCUUCAUGUGAGUGCUUAACAAAUAUAAUUAAAAAAACAAAAACCCCAACCCCGAUCCCCAGCACCUUCCCCCCCACCCCACUCCUAUCCUCCUCCGACAUCUCCAUCCAUCUGUCUGCUUGACUAGCGAGAAAGAAGGAGAGAAAAAUAGACUUGAUUUUUGCAGCAUCCAGUCUUCUAGAUUAGCUGUGGGAAAAGUAGGCUGGGGGUGGGGAUGGGAGAGGUAAAGUGCAACUUUUCGACUUUCGUUUGCGAGUUAGAAAGAGGGACAGAGGCAGAGGCAAAGGAGAAAAGGACAAGUGAAGCGUUUUAUAGAUCGCUUGCUUUCAGAACGAGAUGGACUUUAAGAGAAUAAUAAUAAAAAGGACAAUGAACAAGCCAUCUAUAACAUACUGCCUGCUUGGAAAGAGAGGACAUUACAGCACCAUCUCAUGCACAAUUUACCUGCUUGGAAAAAGAGAAUAAAUAAAAAGGACAAUAUAUGCAAACUCUUCAUAUAUUGCCUGCUUCGAGAAAUAAGUUACAGGACUCAGAUGGGACAUUCAAUCCAAGGAAGGAAAGAAAGAAAGAAAAAAAAACACAUCAGUUUUAUUGCCUGCUUGAUUAUAUAGAAAAAUACGAAAAUCUGCAUUAAAAAAUAUUAAUCCUGCAUGCUGGACAUGUAUGGUAAUAAUUUCUAUUUUGUACCAUUUUCUUGUUUAACUUUAGCAUGUUGAUCAUCGAUCAUAGCUUUCUGUUGUUUUGUUUCAUCGAUAAGAAAAGCAUCACAAGUUAUCAAAACUUUUUACUGCUUGUGCAGUUUUGUUCGUUGGUUUUGCUCUCCUAUUUUCUUUCAUGGUUGUUAGCUUGUAAAUAUCUGCUACUUCAAACCGCACAGGAAAAAAAAAAACAAAAACAAAACAUUUCAGCAGGCUGGUUGUACGGUUUGUUUGGUAUUAAAGAGAUACUUAAAGUUAUGGGCAUUUUGCAUUCAGAAAAAAAAAACUUUGUAUAUCUGGUGCACUUUUAAGUUUUUUUUUUUUUAGUUUUCAUUUUGGUUUUUGUUUGUUGGGGCAGAAGAAAAAAAAAAACGCCUGAAUGGCAUUGACAAACCUAAACUUAACAGGGAAAGCUCUCAUCGGUCACUAGAGCCUCCUCUACGUUUUAAAGUGGCAGUGAAGCUCUUUCUCCUUCAGGACAAUUCUCAGCCUGUAGUGGUUAGACUUGGCCAUGCAGUCUCCCUUCUGAUUAUACACUCAGGAAGCGAGGAACGGACGAGAUAUUAGUUCCUUUUAAGAAACAACUGCCCCUUGAUUUUCAGUAAAAUGAAGAAAAGAAAAAAAAACUUGUUACGAGUCAAGUUGCAAUCGCAGUGAAUGAUUCGUGUUGCUAUUUAAGUUAGGUUUAUCAAUGGUAGUAGUGGAUAAGUGGGCUGGAAAGGCAUAUAAAACUAAAACUUUUUUUUAAGAAGACAUACCGCAACUUUUAAGUGUAUUCUUUUGCAAUGAUUUGUAGUCUGCUUCUCUGCUUCCCUAUGCAGCGAGUGAAAGUUUUAGCCAAAAUUUAUUUGCAGUUGUAUAGUAGUAGUACUUUGGAGUCUUAUGGGUGUUUUUAUCACUUUUUUUUUCCUCCUGCAGGUCAGUAAAAGGAUUUUACGUUGCACUGACAAAAAUACCAAAAUGAAAACUUAUUUUUUAGUUUCCUUUUAGGAUAGCUGGCACUGCUGGCCGGAUGCAUUUUAAGUUUGUAUUAGUUUAUAAAUUAACAGUAAUAACAAGAUUGUAAUAAACAGCAUGGUGCUUGCAGUUUUAAAUAUUGUGGAUAUUAGUCAUGCAUCAGAAAACGAUCUUUGGUUUUUACUGAUUCAACUGUGUUGAAAUCAAAACAUUGCAGCAGCGGAAAAAAUUGUUUUUAUUUCAUGUAAAGUUCUGAAGGGAUCAAUUUCAAAUCCUGCUUACGAUAUGAAAAAUAUUAAAAAACCUGGUCUAUUGUAGUUUUA